GGUUUGGGGGCUUCGUGGUGGAGCAGUUUAUUCCAUUACAAACUCUAAAUACUACAUUAUACAAACUUUUCACAUCGAAAUCGUUAAAUAAAUAUUUAUAUACUUAUUAUGAAAAAAUAACGUUAUCUGAACACAUUUUUCAGGCAAUCUAUGACAUGCUAGGCGCAUGCUCAUCAAAUCGUCCCGCUGAUUCAGCUGAGGAGCGAGCCAAAAAUAUAUUUGCUAAGAUGGAUGAAAAUAACGAUGGUCAAUUAACCCAAGAUGAAUUUUUAAAAGGAUGUUUGCAAGAUGAAGAGUUGUCUAAAAUGCUGGCCCCUUAAAUAUUUAUAUCCUAUAAUAUGUGUGUAUUUGAUGAAAUCAGUAAUAAAAUGUAUAAAUA